AUGUUUUGGCAUUAUAUCGUGAGCCUGAGCAGCUGGGGCUUGCCUGUUAUCCACUCAUUUGCAUCACUGCUGAAAUUCAAUUACCGAAAUUUCAAAGCAAAUGAGUUAAAUGGUGUGAAGAAGAGUCCGGGCUCAGACAAUUCGGAAGAUUCGGAGAUUGAAGAAGAGGAGGAUCUGUUCGACAAUGCGCUCGCCGAUUCACCUACUCCAUCCGAAGAAAGUUCAAGCAACACGAAGCCGCGCGAUUUGACAGCUAGAGGUAUAACCGCAGCUGCAGCCUCAAAAUCGUCAUCUCCCUCCGCAGAACCAUCACCAUGCGCCAGUGUCGUGCCGACUGCUGCGAUCUUUGGCGCGUUUGAUCCGAUGCAAUUCGAUCCCUUGCGAUUACUUAUGAAUCGAUCCUUGAAUCCAGCUGUAGUUAACCCGCUCCUAGCACAGCCGGCCACACUACUCAACUUACAGCAGCAGCUCUCCAGGCAGAUGUCGGCAACUUUUGCGCAUUCUGGUUUUAAAUUGUCAGAUGCUGAGCUCGCAAUCAACUUACAAAGACAGCAACAACAGCAGCAGCUGCCACACAGCAGUGGAACUUCAGAUGUAGAUGUCGGGCCGCAAAAUGACCGCAAACGAAGCAACGCAACUUUGGAAGAUAUGCCAAAACGUGACGAUGAGUGCUCCACAAUGAAAACACCCAAACGUUCUAAGCUGUUGAUCGACGAAAUCCUGAAUCUGAAAACAAGCGAGGGAACUGCUCAUAAAAGUGAGCCGGAAACGCCUUCGGUAGUAAAACGAGAGCGCGCUACGGAUCAGGAUAUCGCGAUUACUAAAGAAAACACGGAAGUAGCUAUUAAUGAUCAUGAAAGUUUUGGGAGCGAUACGGAUAUGAUAACUAAAACAUACGGCAAGUUCUCUGAAAACACUGGUUCACAGGCACUAGCUGCUACGGAAAACGAGGAAAAAUCACUUGUGGCUGAAUGGGGAUAA